UCGAUUGCGCGCGCGCGGGGUUGGUGAGAGUGCGCCUCUCGGGGUCACGUGAGAGGUUUAGUCCGCACUCUCCUGGGGGCAGCCAUUUUCUUGAAGGAUGUUACGCUAGCGAUCUCUUCAAAGUAGGACUUUAGAUGAGGAGUCUAAGAUGUUUUCGGGUCUAGUUGUCAACUCUGGGGGUGAGGCUGCAAGAAAAGGCUUCUAUCAGACCUCGAGGUGUCUAAUUCAAGUGUCCCUUGCUCCUAGGUCCUCCAAUUUAUUUGUUCCCUUAGUUCUUAGAAAGAACUAUUGAUGAAGCAAGCCCAGAAAAUGAGGCCUUGGACUUUUAAAGAUCUCCUCCAAGCGGCGGGACCUAAGACGGUAGUCUUAGGGGAUUAAGUCAGUCCUCGAGAAUGGAGUCCUGGCCCUUUAAGGGUGUGUGUCAAGGGGCGGAGUCCAGGGCGGAAGUUGUAAGUCCGGGCCGAAGUCCGGCUGAUGAAGGGCGGAAGUUGAGUUUGGGGCCCAAGCAGCAGUCAUGGCGCUGGAAAAGGAAGAUGUUAGAGAUUACAAUUUGACUGAGGAGCAGAAGGCGAUCAAGGCCAAGUAUCCUCCAGUCAAUCGGAAGUACGAGUAUUUGGAUCAUACAGCUGAUGUCCAGUUACACGCAUGGGGAGAUACUCUGGAGGAAGCAUUUGAGCAAUGUGCAAUGGCCAUGUUUGGUUAUAUGACAGAUACUGGGACAGUGGAGCCCCUCCAAACAACAGAAGUAGAAACCCAAGGAGAUGACUUACAAUCUCUUCUGUUUCACUUUUUGGAUGAAUGGCUUUAUAAAUUCAGUGCUGGUGAAUUCUUCGUAGCCCGGGAAGUAAAAGUACUUAAUAUUGAUCAAAGAAAUUUCAAAUUACGGUCAAUUGGGUGGGGAGAAGAAUUCUCAUUGUCCAAGCACCCUCAGGGAACUGAAGUCAAGGCAAUAACAUAUUCAGCAAUGCAGGUCUAUGAUGAAGAGAAGCCAGAAGUUUUUGUGAUCAUUGACAUUUAAGACACACACAAAAAAGAGACUCCCUCUGAAGAACUGUUUUUUCUCUUCCUUUUGAGAAGAUACCAUGAUAUAAAUUCUACAGUAUCUGUUAAUAUAUGGAGAUUUGCAGAACAGAAAUUUUUAACUUAAAGUGUGACUUUCAGAAAUGGAAAAUCUAGAUACAGUCUUGAUCUGUGUUAUCCAAAUAUUCAAAGUUUAAAGAAACCUUUAGGUGGCAAGUAUGGUUCCUCAUUUGUUAAUUCCCUGCUGUAGCAGCAGGUGCCUUACACCCUUCCCAUGGAAUGCCAGCCCUCCAGCCUGGUCCCAGAAAGGAUCAUUGAUCUAAGAGCAGCCUGAGAGACUCUGAAGCCCCCGUGUUCUUACUGAAUGCAGCUUGAAAAAAAAAGAAAUUUGAGGAAU